AUUUUAUUUUUAAAUGUGAAUAGUCUAUUUCUUUUACCCCUUAAUCAUUAUAUCAUUAUCUUUAUUUACAUCUGUUAACAUACCUAUCAAUUUAUUUGAUACCUUGAAAAUGUUAAUGAUGGUAGUAUGAUAAACUAAAUAUAUAUACAUUCAGUUUAUGUACUUUAUGUAAGGUCUACAGGUAUUGAAAUUAGGGUCACAUGUAUAAUAGUACUUGUCAUUGAAUUUUGGUUAUAGCCUAGAGUAGACUAGUGGAGAAACGGGCAAACACGUGCUGAUUAAUUUUUUAAUUGGUCAUAAUUUCACAAAUGUGAAUAUACUUAUCAUUUAUUUAAUGAAAUACGUUUUUCAAUUAUUCUAAUCUCGUUUAAUAGCGCGAGAUAAUUAUCAUACGCCUCUAAAUUAUGUAUACAUGUUCACUGUUUUUUUAAGAUGUCUUAUUCAACAUUGAAGAAAGCACUCCAGUUAUUUGAAGAUUCUGUUUCAGAAAAAAAAAAAAAUAUAAAAAAAUCAUCGUAUAUAAUAAGUAAGUCCAAAAGAAAAAUUCAGAGAGCCAAAAACAUUUUCAAAGUUCCUGAAGUAAUAAAAUCCAAUGCUAAUAAAUCUAUAAAAGAGAUUCAAGAAAAAAUACGUAAUGAAAAAGAGUUAAAUUUAGUUCAGAUUAAUUUAGAACGUUUAAACAAACUUGACAGGACUAGUUGUAUUAAUAGCACUGCUUCAAAGUUGAUUGAACAACGUUACAAAAGCCCAUCAGCUUCACUAUCUAAAAAAGAACAAUCUGUCUUUACUGAUGAAGAUUUUGAGAAGUUUGAACGUGAAUAUUUUCAAAAUUAAUGGAUGAUUUUGUACUCGGAAAAAUUAUCAUCAUUGUUGUACUUACAGUAUUUAUUUAUUUUACUUGUUGGUUAUUUAUACCACCAUUUGCUGACUCUGAAUCUUUUGUUAUUAAUCUUUUUCCUGAAGUUCGUUAUGCUCUUAUUCUGCCUGUUACUUGUGGUGUAAUAUUUAUAACCAGUUUAAUAGUUUUUACAUUAAUUGAAAUAAAUUACUACUAAGUUAUGUCUAAACGCUUAGUGGUUGUAAUUGCGGGUGUUACUUGUGGUGGUAAAAGCUCUAUUGCCAGCAAACUUUUUAAUAUAUUUGAUAGUGUUAGUGUGUUUCAUCAAGAUGAAUUUUAUUAUUCUGAUUACGAUACUCAUUUAAAAAAAAUUCCAGAACUUAACUAUCAUAAUUGGGAUGAAAUAGGUGCAUAUAAUAUGGACCAAAUGGUAGCCUCUGUUGCAUGCACAUCUUUAAAAAACCUCAUAAUUUUGGAAGGUAUUCUUUUACUAGAUGACGCUAGAAUUGUUAAGUUUGCCGAUUUAAAGUUUUUUAUUAUCAUGGACAAAGAAACUUGCUGGAAUAGACGUUGUAAAAGACAAUAUCUUCCACCUGAACCUGAUGGAUAUUUUGAGAAUUAUGCAUGGCCACAAUAUGAAAAACAUUUAACUAAAGUAAAAGAAAAUAAUUCAGAUGUUAUAUUUUUGAAUGGUACUGAUAGUUUAGAACAUAAUGUAGCUAUAGUUAUGGAUAUAAUUAAAAAUAAACUUGAUGAAUUUUAUGUCUGUAUUUUAUAUUUUCCUCUUGACUUAAAAUACUCUCAAAAUUUUGCUAACAAAUUUAUAAGAAUAUUUACCAUUGGCGAAUUAAUAUUUACUGGACUUUUUUUAAAUUUAAUUCAUGUAUAAAAAAAAUCAAAUUUU